CUGUCAUAUGAACUAAAACACGAAUUUGUCAAAUAUUUGAAUCUAUACAUUCCACUAUUCAUAUAGUUUGAGCAGUUUCCUGUAAAACCACAGAGAUGUCCAGAUCACAUUCAAGUCCAACUGUUAAUAAGAAUAAGAUUAAUUUUAAAAGAUACUCUCAUGAAUCCGAUAUGCUGAUACCGCGGCCAAGCAUAUUACUGCCGCAGUUGCAAGAUACAGAGCAGAGGUUCUUCGAGCUAGUUUCUACAGGUGAUGUUCUCACUGUGAAAGAAUACUUAGACCAACACCCGAAUUUGAACAUCAAUUGCACUAAUUUCCAAGGUGUAACUGCCUUGCUGAUAGCAGUACAGUCACAUGCGGAACCAAUGGUAGAAUUUUUGCUUGCUCAACCUGGCAUUGAAAUUGGUGAUUGUGUUCUACAUGCGGUUAAGGAUAAUCAGCCAGGCAUACUGAAGCGUUUACUGGAUAAAUUGAAUAGCACCAGCCCGAGCUUAGAAUUCAUUGGAGUGACACACAGCAACGACUUUGCCGAUUAUAUCACGCCUUUGAUAUUAGCGGCGCAAUGUGGACAUUACGAGAUAAUCAAGAUGCUCAUUGAAAGAGGGCACACAAUUAGCAAACCGCAUCCACCCACUUGCAGAUGUGCAGAUUGCAGAGUGAGGUUAGAACACGACGAUCUCCUACAUGCUGAAAGUUUGAAAUUGAACCUAUAUCGGGCAGUGUCAAAUCCUGCUUACAUCUGCUAUUCUACACACGACCCUAUUUUAGCAGCAUUUUACUUAUCGAAAGAACUGCAACAGUGCUCUUUUCUAGUACCAGAAUUCAGGAUUGCAUAUAUGGAACUUGCUGCGGAUGUCAGUGACUUUGCGGUCGAUCUGAUAGCAUGUUGUAGAAGUACUAAUGAAAUGGAGUUAAUUUUGAUGCGAGGUGCAGGAAUAUACACUCAUACAUUCACGUUUCCUCGCCUUGUUCUGGCCAUGGAUUGUAAGCAAAAGAAAUUCGUUGCACAUCCCAAUACGCAACAAAUAGUUGAGGCAGCAUGGUGCGGCGACUGGCACGAAUACAAAAUAAAAGGCUUCACCGUGAAAUUGCUCUACCCAAUAGCAAGGAUAAUCACCCUACCAGUGAUCUUAAUUAUGUGCAUCAUAACCCCACGUCAUCCGCUCGUCAAACAUUGGAGCAUCCCUCUUAACAAGAUGAUCAGCCACAUAGCCGCAUACGUGGUUUUCCUCAUCAUUAUUUUCAUCGAGUCAAAUAUGGAUAAGACUAACCAGAAGAGAAAACCCCCCAACUCGGGGUUGGAACCGGUCAUAAUUAUUUUUGUGAUCGGACACUCAUGGAACAUCGUCAGGAUGAUGAUACUGUCAGGUCCUGGAAGAUAUUUCCAGAACCUUUGGAACUGGCAUGCAGUGAUGAACAAUAUGAUGUUUUUGCUAACAUUCACAUUCUGGAUGGCCUCCUAUUUUGAUGCUGUUCACAAUGAUCAAAUUGAUCUCGAAAGAAAAUACUGGCAUCAUUUAGAUCCUGUACUAAUUGCUGAAGGAUGUUUUGCAAUCGCUACUAUUAUGGCUUUCUUCAGAUUAACAUUUUUCUGCAGGUUGAAUUACUACAUGGGUCCGUUACAGAUAUCGCUGGGCAAAAUGUGCGCAGAUCUUGCUAAGUACCUGAUCAUUUUUGCAAUUGUGAUAAUAUCCUUCUCGGCUGGAUGCUGUCGGCUGUACCAAUAUUAUGAUGGUAUGGUAAAAGUGGAUGAGAAUCAGAUCAAAACACAGCAGGUAUCUUCCUUCGUAGAUUUCGCCUCAACGCUCAAGACAUUCUUCUGGGCGAUACUCUGCAUGGCACCCUUGGAAUCCGCGGAUGUUGUAAUCGAAAAUCUACCAGGAGAAAGCCCGGACACCACAAUAAUAAACACUCACGAAUUCACCGAAGCAGUAGGAUACAUAGCAUUUGCAGUUUUCGAAGUAUUGAUUGUGAUCAUGAUACUGAACAUGCUAAUUGCUACGAUGUCAGCAACAUUUCAAAGAGUGAUAGACAAUUUAGAUGUGGAAUGGACAUUCGGCAAAACAGAUUUUUAUUUAGAAUACAUGUUACAAUCCGUCACUCCAUCACCGUUAAAUCUCAUACCCACACCAUUUGGAAUUUCAAACUUCCUGUUAUUGAUGAAUGGCGGAAAAAUCUCAGAGAGUGAGAAGAAACUUUGUGAUGAGGUAGAUAGCAAAACAGAAGACUUGGAAUAUCCAGCUCUCAUGACGCAUUUGGUGCAAAGGUAUUUCCGAGAGAAAGAUUCGGCCGUAGCAACUGCAAGUGAAAUGGACAUAUUUAGGCAGGAAAUCCACGAACUAAAAGUUCUUUUAAACAAUAUAAUCGAAGGUUCCUGAGAUAUUUCCUAAUAUAAUUAUGUUUGUAUUCCUUUACAUAUAUUUAUACGUUUUUUUAUUGUUAUACCUUAUUAUUAUAAAAACACUUAUAUUCAA